AACUUGGAGGUUUGAUGCAUCGGGUCCGGUGAAAAAUGUUGUUCAGUGAGUAAAUUCUAAUUAGCUUGAAACCGCCAUUAUCGUGUGAUUUCACGGAUACAUGCAAUUGUUCUAAAGUGAAACGCACUAGCAGUAAAAAAAAGAUUAUAGGUGAAAAAUUGCAAGAAAACUUUUAAAUGGGAGGUGAAUGCUCCAAUGUGCAUGUGAAUUAUUGAAAGUGGUACCUCAAAAUCAGGACACGAUAUACGAAGCGCGCAUUCACUCCUUUUCAUCCUAGUGUGAGACCGGCCUAUGUUUGCAAAGAGAGUGAGAAAGAGAGGAGCGUCGAAAAGACUAGCCCACCGGAGAAAAUCAAUUUCCCAUUAAUUAUUCUAGAGGAACUUAACAGUGUGACGUUAAGGAAUAGUCAUAUUAUAGAUUCUUUUAUGCUAAAAUAAUUUACCCAUACCAUCAGUAUUUUGGUACCUCGUGGACAUAGCUGCUCAUUAGAGGAAAAUAUGGUUAGAGCAGUGGGGAUUAGUUGGGUCCUAUUCGUCAUUCAUUAAUAUAAUUCGUUUCUUGCCCUCAUUCCCUUAAUUCUGAUUUAGUGAUUCUAAUAAGUGGUUACGCACAAGAAAAGAUCCUAAAUUUAUUUUCGUUUUUCUUUUUCGUUUUUGGGAAUUGUGUAACAUUAGUGAACAUAUUGGAUAUUACAUUAAACGAAAUUUAGGAUAACACACUUUUAUUUUUUCCCCACAAAAAAAAGAAAAUAAAAAUAAAACAAAUUUUAGUGAUAACCGGGAAAGUGUGUAAAGAAGGAUAAAAGUAAAAUUAUCUUAACGCUUUAAUGUGAUUCUUUGCGCGGGAGAAUAAUACAGAAAGUACAAGGAACUGCAAUUUUCAGAUAAGCAAAAUAUUUGGCAUUCUGGAAAAAUAAGCAAAUAAACCCAAGUAUGAGUUUUAUACAUGUUGUGCUACUGAAAGUGAUAAGAGUUGUACAAUGACUCGCUGUUCCAAGAUAUAAUCUCAUGGAUUAAAGAUGGCUAUACACACAUUCUACACAAAAUUGAAAUACAAAGGAAUUUGCUAUUGAUGGAUAAAUUACACAAAUAAGAGAUUCUUCGCCACUGGAGGAGAUGUAGUAAUCUCUCUAAAUGACACCACAAAAGUGUGUACAGCUAAGACUGAGAGAUGUCUUCAAUCUAUCUGAAUAUUUCAGAUAAUUUCACCAUAGAGUUAAUAUCUCUAGGAAAGUGUUAUAACUGUAGGAACAUUAAGAACUUAUUGGUGUUUUUAAAAGUAAUAUGUAAAUUAUUUAUUUUCUUAUAAUUACAACUAAAACUAAAAACGUGAACAAAGUUAAUAUUGUGUACCUUGUAGUUAUAUUUUAUCAUUUUGUAUAAAUCAUAACUUGAGUGCUUUGUGCGGUGAUUUAAUCGCCAGCAAAAAAAAAAAUAUUACAAGAUAUAGUUAAGGAAUGGCGUCAUACAGAAAUUGUAUUCUUUUAAUCCUAUGGAUGACUUCUCUUUUGAUCACACAUUCUUCAGUCAUGGGCGCUCAACGAGAGUCUUCGAAAGUCAAGGAAAAUUCAUCAUCAAGUGGUGGUGCAAAAAACAAUAUCGAUGUAGACGAACAGAAAUCAGGACCUUAUGUCGACAAGGCGGCAUCCAAAAAUGUUACAGCACUUUUAGGGAAAACAGCUUAUUUAAAUUGCAGGGUCAAAAAUUUAGGCAAUAAGACGAUGAUUCUACAAGUAUCAUGGAUUCGACAUCGUGACAUACACUUAUUGACAGUUGGGAGAUACACGUAUACGUCUGAUCAGAGGUUCAAGGCUAUUCAUCAUGCUCACUCUGAGGACUGGAUGCUGCAGAUCAAGUAUCCCCAGCACAGGGACUCUGGCAUUUAUGAGUGCCAAGUGUCGACAACACCACAUAUAAGUCAUUACAUUCAUCUAAACGUUAUUGAACCAUCAACAGAAAUAAUUGGGGCACCGGAUUUGUACAUUGAAAGCGGUUCCACAAUAAACAUUUCAUGCCUUGUGCUGAAUUCACCUGAAACACCUGCAUACAUAUUCUGGAAUCACAAUAAUGCGAUAAUUAGUUACGAUUCACCAAGAGGAGGCGUUUCUGUAAUAACAGAAAAAGGCGAGACUACAACAUCAUUUCUGUUAAUCAAAAAUGCUCGGCCAUCGGAUUCCGGUCAAUAUCAGUGCAAUCCGUCCAAUGCCAAAAGCAAGAGUGUUACUGUUCACGUUUUAAAUGGUGUUUCCCAUUCUGUUUCCAGGGGAAUUCCCAGCAGCAAUUCAGCGCGGGGGUCUAGCUCAUCAUCUGAUGUCUCCAUGUCACUAUCUCAUAAUUUACACAUCUGUAGUCUUGUUUUCUUUACUCUUCUGCCGCUUACCUUAUCGAGACGGAAUAGGACAGACGUAGUUCUGCUCCCUCUUACCUCAUGUGAAUACAUACUAACUUCCUUUCUUAUUAUUCUAAUGCACUUCUAUUCCCUUUUGCGGAAUCUGGUGCUGAAAGCAUUACUUCAUAGGGGCUGUACAGCCCAUAUUAAGACUCACACUCCAUUGAGCAAACGAUGGAGAAAUCAGAUACAUUUGAAUAAGGAAAAUCUCUUCAGUAGUGUUGUAUAUCUUCCUUUUCUGUGGCGUCAAGAAUCUGCAGUGAGAUGAAACCUAUGUAGUAUGCCCGAAAGACACUUCUCCCUCAAAGUAUCUCAAGUGUAGCAUCUCAACAAAAAUACAUUUUCUAGGUCAAUCUCAUAGGUAAUACAAGGAAAUUAAAGAAAUAAAUAAAAAUGAAAUGAAUGAUGAAGGAAAAACUUUAAAUACAACAUUCUACAUUAAAUACUGUUAUUGUAUAUUAUACCUGAGAAUAAAAUUCAGAUAAACUUUUUUUUUGUUUUUAUUGCCUUGUAAGUUCUACAAGGUUAAUAAAAAAAGAUGAGAGAAAAUCUAGACAUGAUAAUUUAUAUAAAUUACCAUAAAGAGUAUUGUGACUAUAUUAUGAAAAAAAGAUUAAAAAAAUGUUACUGUGUAUAAAAAAAA